AUGUCAAUAUUUUUCUUAUCUUUAAUGACAAACUUAGCAAUACUGGUCUCGUUAUUAAUUCGGUUCAGUACGAGGAAUAAAAUUUUCAUUAAGGAUGAAAUUGUUAUGUUUUUGAUUUCUUCCAUAUUUUCCAUACUUUUUUCCGCAGCUGACAUCGACAAUGAAAAAAAUUUAAAUUGGUGGUGCUCACCUAUAAACGAACCAAUGAUCCCCUUUAUACUAUCAUUAGCUUACCUUCUGUUCACUACUUUCUUUUUCAUAAGUCUCAAACUACGAAUUAAAAGUGCUAAAAGUUCAACUCAAAAUGAAUCUGAUGAUACCCUAAACGAAUCUCAUGAAAAUAAUUUAUUUGGUGCUGGGAAUGAGUCCAACAGUCUACAUUUUGUAGAGAUAGAGAAAAUUACUUCUUAUAUUUUCGCUGUCUGGCUUAUUCUAUUCAUCUAUACUAUUACUCAAGUCGCAAUGGUUGAUUCUGUGGUUAUAGGAGUAUAUUACAUGUUUGGGCGAUCUAAUUCAAAUACAAAUUUGGUUCUCACGCCAAUCACUACUAAUUCUACAUCAAGGGAAUCUCGCCGUUCAUUCCGCGAAUCAGUUCGUAACUCAUUUCAAAAAAUAUUCACAAAAAUUCAAGUACAAGUGGUUCAACAUCAAACAGUUGAUUCAUAUAGCGAUUGCGGAGAUGAUGGUCAUGUUCGCCUCGAAAUUCCUACCGUUUGCGUUAGUAGUAGCGUUUCUUAA